ACCGACUUUCCCCCCGGGACCGGGGCGCCCCGGAGGACCCGCGAGCGAGCGCGCUGGGACGCGCGGCCGUGGGCUGGCUGCCAUGGACGCCUUCACCCGCUUCACCAACCAGACGCAGGGCCGGGACCGCCUCUUCAGAGCCACUCAGUACACAUGCAUGUUGCUUACAUAUUUGUUAGAGCCUAAGGCUGGCAAAGAGGAGGUGGUCACGAAGCUCAAGAAACUGGAGUCCAGUGUGAGCACUGGCCGUAAAUGGUUCAGGCUCGGCAACGUGGUACACGCUGUCCAGGCGACCGAGCAGAGCAUCCGGGCCACCGACCCAGUGCCUCGCCUGUGCCUGACGUUAGCCAACCUGAACCGCGUGAUUUACUUCGUCUGUGACACUGUCCUCUGGGUGAAGAGCGUAGGUCUUGCCUCCGGCAUCAACAAAGACACGUGGCGACGACGGGCCGCCCGCCACUACUGCUGUUUCCUCCUGCUGAGCCUGGUCAGGGACGUGUAUGAAAUCUCCCUGCAGAUGGGGCGGGUGGCACGCGACAGAGCCAGGAGGAAGGAAUCGUCCUCCCGGGACCCCCCUGCGUACAGCGUGGCGGACGAGGAGACAGAGUGGCUGCAGUCCUUCCUCCUCCUCCUAUUCCGGUCCCUGAAGCGCCACCCGCCCCUGCUCCUCGACACGGUGAAGAACUUCUGUGACAUCCUGAUCCCCCUGGACCAGCUGGGGAUCUAUAAGUCCAACGCAGGCAUCAUCGGGCUCGGGGGGCUCGUGUCCUCGGUGGCCGGCAUCAUCACUGUGGCGUAUCCUCAGAUGAAGCUCAGGACCCGCUAGGGUGCCUUCAGGCGAGGACUAGACCCUGCCCUCACAGGUGUGGACUAAGGCCAGGCCGAGCCACACUUAGCUUCCCAUUCCCCUGAGCGUCGAGCAGCCCGUGAUGCGGGCAGAGUGGAGCCGAGGCUGCAGAAGGGGAGUGUGGAUUUAAACUCACAUGUGGUUGUCGGAGAGCUGGAGUCACCUCUGGAUUUCUGAAUACCUUCCGUCAUCUAACACUCAGUGAGCGUCUCUUACGUGCACAGUGGGAGCUUAGCGUCUGUCCCCUGACUCACGAUCAGGAGGAAAACCAAGCGCAAAUGGCCCGGUCACAGGGUGACGGAGCACUCGGCUGUGGGCACUCUGGGGUGUGUCACCCAUUGUUUUUUGUUUUGUUUUUUGUUUUUUGGUUAUUUUUUUUUACAGGCAGAGUGGACAGUGAGAGAGAGAGAGACAGAGAGAGAGAGAAAGGUCUUCCUUUUGCCGUUGGUUCACCCUCCAAUGGCCGCCGUGGCCGGCGUGCUGCAGCUGGUGCACUGUGCUGAUCCAAAGGCAGGAGCCAGGUGCUUAUCCUGGUCUCCCAUGGGGUGCAGGGCCCAAGCACUUGGGCCAUCCUCCACUGCCUUCCUGGGCCACAGCAGAGAGCUGGCCUGGAAGAGGGGCAACCGGGACAGAAUCCGGCGCCCCGACUGGGACUAGAACCCGGUGUGCUGGUGCCACAGGGCGGAGGAUUAGCCUGUUGAGCCACGGCGCUGGCCCACCCAUUGGUUUUGCAGCACUCUGGGAUCUGGCCCACUGUACCCCACCGCCACCUAUGGAUGUCAGCCACGCACAGUGGGAGCUGGGCUUGGAGCUGCUUAAUUGUUGGCCCUCACAGCGCUGCACUUGCGUCCCUGCUGUGUCCAAAGUAGAAGCAGAAAAGUACCGUGCACCUUCAUGUUAGAAAUCGUGUCUGGGGGCAGAGGGCAUUAGGCAGUGCCAUGACUCUGCAAAAAUCAGAAACAGACAGAAGGGACUUGAGGUGACAACAGGUGGAAGGUUGCAGUGGUUGCCUGUCAUGUAGCCCAUGACAGAUAAGGAAACCGACUCAGAAAAACAAGCAGAACUCCUUCUUCCAAUUUCCAGCCCCUUGGCCGGUGGUCUCUCACUGCCUUCCUGGCAGAGUGAACGUGUGAGACCCUCCAGAAUUCUGUGUUGUCUCUUCUCUUGCCCAAAUUUGAUGCUUUCAUUGGUCCAUGCUUCCUGUUCUAGUCUACAAAAAAUGAAAACCUUAUAGACUUGUGAGCCAGAUUGUUUUUGUUCAAAGCCAUAUAACACUUUGGGCAAUUCUGCAUUAAUUUUCACCAAAAUGUAUGCUGUGAAAAGUGUCAUAAUUUGCUUUGAUAAUCAGAUUUCUCACUGUGGGGUGGCUAGGGGAGGUGGGAGAGAGCAGGCAGGGGCCAAGGAAGCAGACAUUUACCUGCGCUCUGGGUGUUGGGUUUUGUGAUGACGAAUCCUUCAGUUUGAGGGAAGUGAGGUGGGCAGGCAGGACGCCAGCAGCUCGGGGCCAGUGUCGGUCCUACCAGGAAGGCCUUGUCAUUCCCCUGGAAGGGAAUGGGAAAAGAAGUGUGCACUGAAGGGGUUAAAUUCCCAUAGAUGUGAUUAAGAUUCUUGAAAAACAGACUCAGGUCCUUCUCUCUCUGUCUCUUAAGUGAUCAAUCAAGGUCCGGGAUUUGGAAAAGAACAUUUUGGGGACUUUGAGAGAGAUGCAAGGUGCUGGACCCGGGCAGAUAAAGUUUAAAUGACUGUGUUUGCCUUGUCCAGAUCCUCCACUGUAACAGGUUCAUCAUGUCCAAUAAAUUUCAAGACAAAC